AUCCUCCUAUGCUUCUCUCUUUUCCUGUGAGUCUUCUCUCCCAAGCCUUCAUCUCAAAGCAGUCCCAGACCUCUUGUUCUUCUCCUUCCUUCUUCCUAAUCAAACACCUUAGAACUAUGGACCCACUUAAAAUGGAGAAGCUUCAGGCGAUGAGGAGUUACAGGAGGAAUCACUUCUUUUUGGUGUUUCUUCAUUACAUUCUACGUGUUGUUUUGGUCGGUCUGUUUCUGUCAUGCCCCAAUUGGCUCCCCAGCAUCUGCUCCUUUGUAAAGUUCUUCUUCUUAGUUUGUCUUCCGAACAUUGCCGCCACUGUCUCCGGGCCAAAGUUCGUAUUCGUGGUCUCCAACAUCAUCAUCAUCUUCCUCGUCGGCGAGUCGAGACUCUCGAAGUCUCCUGCACAGCACCCCGGCAUCUACGAGGACUACGUAAGCCGAAGCCAAAGCCUGCAGAGGAUGGCUAGUGUCGAGGUCAAGGAGAAGGAAGCUGUGAUGGUGGAGCCUUCGUUCGAAGAGACCAAAGAGAAGGAUGAGGAAGCCGUCGCGGAAGAAAAGGAAGAGGUGAAAGGUGAUGCAGGAGAAGAGGAAUUAGUGACAGAGCGUGAGGAGUUGCUGGAAGAGGAGUACGAGGAAUUGCCUGCAGAGGAGCUGAACAGGAGAGUGGAGGACUUCAUUGCCAAGGUCAACAUGCAGAGGAAGCUGGAAGCCAGAAUGCUCAUCUGAUAACGAUGAUGAAUGGUUGCAGAAAGAGAGAAAGGGGAGACGACAAAUGAUUACAUCUCAUCAUCAGAAUUCUUGUACAUAAAAAAGAAGGAGAUCUUCUUGGCAAAGAAGAUGAGCUGCUUAGCUCUUUCAUUGUUCUUGCCUACUGCUGAUCUCAAUUAAUCAUCGGAUCACUAAUAAUAAAACUAUCCAUAAAAUGUACGACAAAUGAUUGGCAUGUCAUCAUCACACAGUAUCUUCCAAGAAUAAUUCAUUUAUUUCAAGGGUUUGAAAGCA